AUGCCGCGACCAAAGAGGGCGCGGAACGCGCCGCCCUCCCACGCGACCAAAGCGCAGCAGGAACCGUUAAGCGAUACAGACCACCUGGAAGAGGAGCGAGGGCGUGCUAGGGGUCGACGCCGGACUACGCGGUCUACGGGUUCUCGCCUGAGUCUUGGAGAGGAGGACGCGAUCCGGGAGGCGAACCGCGCACGCGACGCCGCGCUGGAUAAGCUGGCCAACGAGGAUGCCACGACGACGGCGAGCGGCGGGCAGACGGUCGGGGACGACACGAGGAGCUCCGUCGAGAUUGGACGACGCGCCAUGGCUACGCCCGCAAUGCGCAGGGACACUACCGGCCUGGACCUGGCCGACGACGACGUGUUUGGCGACCUGGACGAGAGCUUCGCCGACGGCGAGAUCCCCCGCGGCGGGCGCUCCGCCGACAGCACCUCCUUGUCCUUUAGCAGCUUCAAGCCCAGGUCGCGACAGUCCAGCAUCAUCGGCCGAAACGACCCGCCCAUCCGCCCCAGCAGCAGGGGGCCUAACACUCCCGGCGUGGGCUCCUCCUUCAACAUCGGCGUCUUCAGGAGACGCGCCCGCGAGCCGUCCAUCCUGGGCACGUCCCGCCGGCCGCGGUCCGAGACGGGCGGCACCACGAACAAUUCCGAGGUGGAGAGCGAGGGCGAGUUUGAGCCCCCCGAGGCGGAGUCGACGCCGCUGAACUUGAGGCGCCGGACGCGUAACAGCUCGCGCGGAGGACGCAGCAGUCAGUCGGCCGAGCCGGCGCCCGCGGCAGGGUCCAGGAAGAGGAAGAGCGUGGAGUCCCAUGAGGAGGGUGCCCGGCCGGAGAAGACGUCGCGCGUUGAGUCUGAGGAGCCCCGGCCACAGCUCGAGGACGAGGGCAGCGACUCGGAGCUAUCUGCCAUUGCCUCGUCGCCCUCUCCGCCCCCUCCGGGGUUCUUCCAGCGGCCCGUCACGCCCGUCAACAUGGACGACAUCACCGCACCGCCGGCCAGCAGCGACUCAGAGGAAGACGCACAGGUCUGGCCGGACAUCCACACCCUCGCAAAGAAGCGCCGCCGCCCAUCCGUCACCACUCCCAUGCGGACAGCAGAAGACGCCCUGUCCACCGUCUCCUCCCCGCCCUCCCUGACGCACUCGCCCAACUUCGCCGAGCGGGCCACCAGGCAGCGCGGCCGCGCCGCAAAGCGCCGCCAUCAGGAAUCACCCAAGGUCACCACGGCGGAUCUCACGAACCUGCUCCCCAAGCGCCGGUACAAGAGGGUCCGCGACGACCCGUUUGGCCUCGGCAGCGACGAGGAGUUCGACACGGCGGACCUGGCGCAGGACGACGACGAGCUCUCGUACCUGGACGCCCGCGCUGCGCGCAAGCGGAAGGCCAACCGAUCCCGCAGCCGAGCGGGUUCCGACCGACCAGCUUCCCGUGCCGGAUCUCGCGCCGCCUCCCGUGCCGGAUCCCGCGUCCGCGGCGGCAACGCCUCCUCGGUCCUCAAGCCGAAGCAGACGCCCGCCUCCACGGAGCGCCGCUCGGCGCGCAUCAUCAACAGCAGCAGCAGGAAGACGUACCAGCACCGCCGGUCCUCAGACAAGGAGAACGAGAGCGGCAGCGAGGACGAGGAGCAAGACGGCGAGGGGUUCAGCCAGUUCGUGCCCCUGCCCGACGACACGUUCGAGACCGGGGACACGGGAGGGGCCGAGGCGGCGCCGGGCCGUCGCGACUUCGCCACGACCGAGGAGCUCAAGCAGGCGGCCAAGAAGUUCAAGGAGGUGGACAAGUGGGAGCUGGAGUACGAGGAGGUGGCCGAGCCGCCGUCUCCGCAAAACGCUCGGUAG